UAGCAAGCAAGCUCGUGCCGCGACUUUGUGUUCAGUGCUGUGCGUUCAUUCGUAAGCGAGAGCAGACAUUUCUCAGGAUGUCGAAUGGAAAGGGCAAGAUGGUGCUGCUGCUGGCAGUCCUUGCUGCAGCUGCUCUGAAGACAACUGUGGCUCAGGAUUAUUGUGAUCCGGAGCUGUGUGAUCCCGGAGAUGCGCAUAUUGGGUGUAACAACCCGGGAGGCUUCACCAGCAACUGCCCGGAAGGUGCUCAGGUGGUUGAAGUUACGGAGGAGUACAAGAAGAUCAUGCUGGACGAGCACAACAAGUACCGCAGCACUGUCGCAACUGGUGGUGUAAAAUGGCUUCCAAAAGCGAAGCAGAUGACCACGAUGACAUGGGAUGAUGAGCUGGCAAAGAUGGCUCAGUUGAAUGCCAACCGGUGUGUGCAGAAGCACGAUGCCUGUCACAACACUGCCAGCAUCCGUUACUCGGGCCAGAACUUGAACCACAUCAAAACGACCGCUCCAUCGAUCGACAACAUCCCGCAGGUGAUCAAGGAUCUCAUCUCGUCCUGGUGGGACGAGCGUCUCGAUGUGAACUCGCGCAUGGUCAGCAGCAUGUACGAUCCGGGCAAACACACCAUGAUCUUCCACUUCGCGGUAAUGGCUGCGGACAAAUCGAACAAGAUUGGUUGCGCGAUGUCCCAGUGGUCCGACAAUGGUGACCCGUUCCUGUACCUGGUGUGCAACUAUUCCUUCACCGAUUUCGUCGGUCUGCCGAUGUAUGCUGCAGGAGAUCCGUGUACUGGAUGUACGACCGGUUGCAACACCGCCUACGAAGGUCUGUGUAAUCCUGAUGAGCCGGUGUCUGUGCCGUUCUAAUAACGAUUCGACGAUUUGAUUGCUGAAAGAGCCAGAUUUUGCAUUGCACAAAGAUUUUCUUCUAUGAUGUUCUUUAUUGAACGGAGAGCAGUCCUUCAACUGAAGUUCUGUACUCCAACAGUGCGCGAAUAAAAAAUAAAAACAUUUA